AUGUCGUCCGACGACGAGCAGGGGUUGGGCGAUUUGUUUGCCGCCGGCGACGAGGAGGCGGAGGUGGAGUGCCCCAUCGAGGAGAUUGUCGUGGACCGCGUGCGGCUGAGUCGCGAGGGCGCGACGAACGCGGGCUUCGCGAUACGCCUGGAGUGCUUUGACCGCGAGUCGCCCGCGGAGGCGGAGGACGGCGCGGGGCGGCGUCUUCUCCCGCUGCACGUGUACGUCCGCCACAAGCGGCACAGUCUGUGGGGUCACAAGCUGUGGAAUGCCGCGAAGUACCUGGUGAAGCGGAUGGACGGUGGCAUGAUUGACGUGCGCGGGAAGGCGGUGCUGGAGCUCGGCGCCGGGCUGGGAGUUCCGUCGCUCGCCGCCUUCCGCAACGGCGCCCGCUGCGUGGUGGUGACCGACUACCCGGACCCCGACCUCCUCGAGAUCCUCGACAUGAACGUGCAGGCAAACUGCACCGCGGACCUGCUUGACGCCGACGCCGCGGCGUUUCUCGUGCGGGAGGCGGAGCGGCUGAAGCUGGCGCGGGCGCCGGACGCGGGCGACGAGAGGGCGCUGUCCGAGGCGGAACGCCAAGGCGCGCUGCGCACGCGCUGCGUGGUGGAGCCGCUGCUCUGGGGCAAGGAGGAGCACAUUCGUAAGGUGCUCUCGUACACCGGCGGCGGCGGUUUUGAGGUUGUGCUGCUCUCUGACAUUCUUUUUAAUCACGUCUGCAACGACGACCUGGCGGACACGCUUGUGCGCGUCCUGCAGCGCAGCCGGCACGCCGCCGCGUACUGCGUCUUCUCCCACCACCGCGCGCACAAGCAGGUGGAGGACCUGGAGUUCUUCGACAAGUGCGUGGCGCGUGGGCUGCGCUGCGAGCAGGUGGACGAGGAGAGCUACCCCAUGAUGUUCCCCGACGACCGCGGCCCGGUGGAAAUCCGGCAGCCGGUCAAGGCGUACAAAAUUGUGCGCCGCUUCGACGACGCGGGGGCGGCGCUGGACCCCGGGAACGACGCCUUCGACGUCGUCAUUCAAGGGACGGGGAUGGUGCAGUCGAUGGUGUCCGCUGCGCUCGCCCGCAGCGGCGUCCGUGUGCUGCACUGCGACGGCGAGGACGACUACGGCGGCGCCUUCAAGACCAUGACGGUGGAGCGGAUGCGCGCGUACCUUGCGGGUGCCCCCGCGGCACCGCUUGAGGUCGCAGGCGACAGCCGCGGCGAGGAACACCCCCCGCGCCGCCGCGGGGUCAUUGCGGUGGACCGCAUGGACGAGCUCGAGCCGUGCGAGCGACACCGCUACCUGCUGGACCUGCUUCCAACCCACUACCUCUCCAACGGGGAGACGGUGCGGCAGCUUAUUUCCUCUGACAUGGCGCGCCACAUGGAAUUUCAGCGCCUCAGCGGUUUCUUUUUUAUGCUCCCCUCGGGCGAGGGCAAGGUGCGACUGCAAGGCGUCCCGCUCACACGCGCGCAGGUGUUUGCGGCCACGCAUGUGGGCCUGCUACAGAAACGCCGGCUGAUGAAGUUUGUCAAGGACGUGGAGGCGUCGCUCGCCGAGCAGCUGCAUGCUCGUACGGCGGACGUCGGAGAUGACCCGCUUUCGCAGGUGGCCCUGGAGCGAGCCCGCGUUGCCGCCGAGGAGGCGAAACGCCUCUUCGCACAGGAGGCCGCCGCACACCCCGAUGAAACGUUAAGUAUGAUGAUUGAGCGCAAGUACGGCAUCAGCGGGGUCGCGCUUGACACCGUGACGCUCAUGCGACAACUUGAUGCCGCACCCGGGGAUCUGCUGCACUCUUUGGAGUUGGUGCGGCAUGUGCUUACAUCCAUCGGGAGCUUUGGUGGCAAGACCCCUUUCCUGCAGCCCGCCUACGGCAGCAGUGAGAUGCCGCAGAACAUGUGCCGCAUUGCCGCUGUGUGGGAUGCCACUUUUGUGCUGCGGCGUAGUUUACUUCCGCCCUGUCGUGGUGGUCUCCGUCGGCAGGAAACGGGCGCCGUGGAUAGCGCCACACCGUCGAUUGAGAUGAGUAACCGUCAGCGCGUAAAGGCAAAGGUGGUGGUGGUGCCCCGCACCCUGGCGCGUGCGUUUGCGGCCUCAUCUUCCUCCGCCUCUCCCCCGGCUCCUGCCCCGGCAUCCACAGGGAAGGAUGGCGCCGACAAGAGCCAUCCCGAGCAUCAUGGCAGCAAUGAGGUGCGGUUCUCUCGGGUUAUUGUGGUGGCGAAGACGCCGCUUGUGUCGUGGGACGCGCUGCGUGCCGCCGGCUGCGCGGGCGAGGCGAAGGCGGAGGCGGAGGACGACGACAAAGGGGAGGAGGCCUUUCCGCCGCUCUUCCUUGCCCUCUGCGAGGUGCGACCUGGGGUGGUGGUGCACGUCCAGCAGGUGAGCGCCGCCGCGGAGCAGGCCCCAGGCGAUGGCGGCUCCGUCGUUGUACACUUCACCGCCAAUGCGUGGGAGAUGGACGCGGAGGAAUUGCGCCAGUUCGUUGCGGGCACCUUUGUGCGGCGCGAUGGCGAGCCGAACAUUGCCGACGCCCCGCAGUUGGCGGAGGCCGCGGUGCUCUUCCUUGCCUCCUUUACUGUUGGGGAGGCGGAGGAGGCGCUGCACGGUCUCCUGCACCCCGCCGCAGAGGAGGGCGCAGACGCUAGCGAGACCCGCAAGGCCCAUCCGUACGCCGUGGAGGAGCACCGCAGGCGCCUGCGGCAGCAGCGGCAGCAGCAGCGGCAGAUGUGUGGCGGGGAGCCGGCGAGCGGCGACGCCGCCCCUCGCGUGGUGCCUGUGCCGACGCUCUUCGAGAAUCUUAUCGACGACGGCGCCUAUCUGCGGGCUGCGCGGCGGGCGUACGACGAGGUGGUGAAGGCUCUGCAGCUGCAGGAGGGCGGCGGCAGGGAGUGCGUAUUUUUUGAACGCCUGCCACCUGUUCCCGGGCUGGAGGCGUGA